GGUGUUAUCGCGCUCAAUUUGACGGUGUUACUUUAUUCGAACACCAAAACAUUUAACUUGAUUCAUUUAUCCGAUCAUUUUAAAGCAAACAAAGUUCACUAGCAAAUACCACAUUGAAGAAAAACAGCAAAUCAAACUUCAUGAUCACUAUUUAUAUAUAUUAUGUAAUAAAUAUUAAAAAUUUAGAUACAAAUUCAAAAGUUAGUUUCUAAGCAUUUAUAUCUCACCACAGUAUGAUGUUGAACUUCAUACGAUUUUUAUUCAUAUUAACUAGUGUACUAGUCUCAUCAGCAUUCUCAGUUGACAAAUCCCCUUCCAGUGACGUUCAAAUUUUUAAUCAAACACUAAUCAAAAUUCUGCAUAAUGCAUUACAAAACUUUGAUGAUUAUAAAAAUCCUGCAAAUCCUUCUUGUUUUGGUUGUAAGGCUGCACUAUGGUCGGCUAAAACAUUCGUCUUCGGUAGUAAAGCUUUCGUCCAUGAACACAUAGAAGUCACUUGUCAAAAUUUAAAAAAUAUCUAUACACCUUGUAAACGAAUAUUAACUGAAUUUCUGGAUUUCGCCUAUGACGUAAUAUUCACUUACUCGUCAGCUGAUUUAUGUGCAGUUGCUGGAAUGUGCCCGAAUCCACCAAAAAUAAACUUUUGUCCAGUUUGCUUGAUGGGAGUAACAGAAACCAAAAAUAUUUUACUGUCCGAUGCACUUCUUAAAGAAAUUCAGGCUGUAUUUGUGCACGUGUGCGAUUAUGUAAGACUGGAGGUACAAUGUUCGAAAAUUCUUGAUGAACUCUAUGUGACUAUGAUGGAUGUCAUCAAACAUGUAGUGGAGCCUCAUCUUGUUUGCAAGAUUGUCAAAAUGUGCGAUUCAUAAAAUCAUCUUGAAGAAAUGAAAAUUUAUUCCAACAGCGCAGAACUUUCCGAUGUUAGAGACUGAAGGAAACAAAACUGUUUGCUAUUGGUUUGUUUAAAUGAAAAUAAAAGGGAUAAUACCUUGGCUUUUAAA